GAGUGUUAGUGAACUUAAACAAUCCUGAGUUAUUCCUACUGCGAUUAACGUGUAAAGGAAAAAGUUUUGGUUUUAAAUGAUAAUCCUUGCAGAUAAUUUAAAGGAUAAAAUAUGGAGUGGGUUCUUAGGAGUCCACAGAUUCAUAGCAUAUUCAGCAAUCUUGGCUUUAUGCACACAGAUGGAUAUCACGUAAAUGACAACUGUAAUGCUGCCCUCGAAACUAUUUUACACAAUAUUAUAACUGAAGACAAGUAUCUACGAACAUACCGCAGGAGCAUCAGUUUCGGGCAAAACAUAAAAAAAGACUUAAUACCUCUUUUGAUACACGCAAAGGAAGAUAAAACUAUAGAAUUACUAGUGAGAAUACUAGUCAAUUUGUCUAUACCCAUAGAGUGCUUGCUAUCGGUUGAAGUAACAUCGCAAUCAGAUUUUGGUUUGCAUAUAGUAUUUGAAAUAAACCAGUUACUCACAGCCACUAAAGCGGCCUUUACUGGUCCACGGGCAACAAAAGUCGUUGUAGACUUUUUAAAGAAAAAUGUGGACCCUGGUCAACCAGAAGUGUCACCUGAACAAUGUACAAACAUAAGUAACAGUCUUUUGUUAUUGAGAAACAUACUGCAUAUACCAGAGGACGUUAAAAGUCCUAUUUCAGGCAACAAUGGAUCUGGUCAUGCCGUGCAAAAUCAGAUUCUCUGGAACAUGUUUAGCCAAAGUGUCGAGAAAGUACUGAUUAAGCUAAUGAUUAUACCGGAAGCGACUAAUUGGGGAGUUACAAUGGUACAACUUAUAGCACUGAUGUAUAAAGAUCAGCAUGUGGUUACGUUGCACAAACUUCUCAAUAUGUGGCUGGAGUCGUGUAAUUCUGAGAGUUCAGAAGACAAUGAAAGUAACACUUCUCCACCGGAUAGAGGUAGUGAAGAUUCGUCACCUAUGCUGACAUCAGAUCCGACGUCAGAUUCGUCAGAUACGGGUGGUAGCGGAAAAAGUAACGAUGAACCAAAUUCGGAGACCAAUGGGUGGGGAACUUCCGAAAACAUUACAAUGAAAGAUGAGAAUCAACAGUUUCUACCUCUGUUACCUGAUGAGAGUGACAUUCACAUGAGAGAUCAAGACGCUUCGACUGGCGAUGAAAAUAUGAAGUCUGAUAAUGAAGAAAAACUGAUGUCAGAAGAUUUACCAACCGAGACAAGUAAUAGUCAACAGCCAGCAAAGGCUGAGAAGAAGGGGAAGGGAAUAAUAUCUGAAAAUUCUGAUUGCGGAUAUGGAACGCAAAUCGAAAAUCAAGAGUCAAUUUCUACUUCAAGCAACGAUGACGAGAUACCUUUCAAAAAACCAGUUCAUCAAAAACCACACAAUCCUAAACAAAGAGUGAACACCAAGGCACGGACUGGUAUUACAUUACAAGAGAGAAAGCGUAAGAAGAUAACUAAGAGGGGUAAAGCGAAUAUUGAAAAUCUAAUUCGUUAUUUCAGCAUAAACGUACAAGGUCUCACUCAUCAAACUCCAACAGAUGAUGACAUAUCCUAUGUGCUUAAAGAAUUUACUGUUGACUUUUUACUCAAAGGUUACAAUUCUUUAGUACAAACACUACAUAGUCAAAUCCUCACAAACGUAUUAUUGGAAAUCGACACGUCACAUUUUUUCUGGUUAGUGACUUAUUUUCUGAAGUUUGCUACCCAAAUCGAAUUGGAUUUAAAACAAAUUUCCGGUGUAAUAUCUUUUGAUAUAGUAUCAUAUUUGACCGCUGAGGGUGUCAAUUUAUGUGAACAAUUUGAAUUGGCUGUUAAGCUAGACAGAAAUAACUUGAAGCCAAGUAGCCGGCGUCUUCAUCUGGUUGUUACAGCCAUCAGAGAGUUUGUACAAGCCAUUGAAGUGUACAAAAAAUGUCCGCAUAUUUGUACCGUUGAUAAAGACGCCCUUAUAACAUUACAAAACAAAAUGUGUGAAACCGAUGAAUUGAGGUCACUUUUAGUGCUGCUGCUACGUCACUAUAAUCCGAAAUACCAUUCCAAGCAGUAUUUACAGGACCUCGUUGUUACAAACCACAUACUGCUGACAUUUUUGGAUAGUGCCAUGAGGAACCCGAACUACACCGGUUCUACCGACAUUGCAGAACACAUUAGACAGUUCGCGACCCCUGAAAUAAUGUACCAAUACGGGCUAUUGCUAGAAGAGUACGCGGUGAACGGGGAGUUCGUCAACGACUGCGUGUUCACGAUCAUGCACCACGUGGGAGGGGAGCUGGACAGUUUGAUCAGUUUAUAUCAACCUAAGAUAUUGAAGACGUUCACUUCUAUUUGGAGGUCUGAAUUUGAAAUUUGCGACGAUUGGUCUGAUUUAAUAGAAUAUGUGAUAAACACGUUUAUAAAGAAGCCGCACGCGCUGUUAACUACUGACAACUUUAGAAUGGAUACACAGAUAUUUGACGAUAAGAAAGUCGUAACCGAACAGCAAGCAGUAGUUGCGUCUGCAAAGAAAGAUCCCCAGCCUGCGGCCGAAGGGGGGGAGAACAACUCUGUGCACAGUAGUGCAAGUCACUCAUCUAAAGAAAGGUGGACUGAAGAUGAACUUUCAUCUUUAAAUUGGAAUUAUUUGCAAUGCAACACUCAUCCGGAUGUCAUCGGCGAAAUCAUAAGAUGCUUUAAAGAAAACAGCACAGUUAAGUCUAGAGAUUCUGUGAUCAGAGAAUUAUACAAGCAAAAUAUAAUAAACAAAGAGGAAUAUGAAAAACUGUCUAAGUCUGAAGUUAACACCGAAAAGGGCGCUAAGAUGAACAAAGAAAUGAGGGAUGUUGAGAUCGGAAAGUUAUGUGAGCAACUAAGAAAAGACGGAAAAACUAAAUGUUUAGACUGGGUUCAACAAGUUUUACUUGAAACUUGUUACGCAAAAUUGCAAAUCGAGAAGAGCGAAUGCGGCACGACCGCGGAUCCGGGUAUCCAUCAGUUCAAGUUGUUUAAUCAAGGAUGUCUAAUCAAUUCGCCAGUGAUGUCUCCUGUGUCCUAUCACGCUCUACUUCUUAAUCAAUCUGUGCCCCUGGUACCGUGGAAUUGUGAACAAGCUGCCAUGUGCAAGGAUUUAAAGUUUUUGCAACUGCUACAUAAAUUGGGAUUCCAAAUGCCGGUUGACACCGGCAAAGUAUUCAUAAGGAUACCGCAUGUCUGGUCAGCUGAUGUCUUGUACGAAGUGGCUGGCAGAGUCGCUGUUAUUGACACAACAAAACUAAAAUUCUCCAUCAACGAAGUAACUAGUAGCGGGUGUAAGAACGCCACUCAGCAGUGCAACCCGCCGAUGUCGCCGGGUCUCCCCGAGGAAGGCACGUCGAUGAUCGCCGCGCCAGACAACUUCUAUCAGAUACAGAAACGGAAACACCUCGCUGCUAUUAUGAAUUUUACGCCUAGGCCAGGUUCGUCGUUCAACACGGAUGUUCAAACCGAAAACAAGCCUUGUUGGCUGGAGCUAGUGCAACAGUCUCAAGACCUUCAAUUGACUUGUACCGUGGAAAGUGUCCUGGAAGACGUGGAGGCGCUAACAAAGUCGAAGGCACCUUCGACUUCGGCGGUGCAGCAAGCGGCGGCCGCGCCCGCCCUGCCCGAGAUCAGGCCUCCCGAGGACUUCAUCGCUCAGCUCGAGAGCAACUCCGAGGAGUUGGAGGAUAACAACAGCGUCAGCGAAACUGCGUCGGUCGCAUCAGACCUAACCCGCAUGUACGUUUCGGACGAAGAGGAGAAAUUGGAGGUAGCGCUACGGCCGAGCGGCACAGCGGACGCGAGCGGCGACGGCGAGCCCGGCCGCGCCGAGCGCUCCGCCGCCGAGCGACCCGGGGUCUACGCUCCCACUUUCUGAAGACAACUUAACGCAAUUCUCACAUUCUAUUCUUACGUCGAUGGCUAGCGGUUAGAAUAAG